GGGCGGCGCGCGCUGACCCUGGCCCCGGCCGAGCGGCGGGAGCGGAGCGGAGCGGCGGGAUGGAGCUGAGCCCCGGCGUGCAGAAGAUGUCGGUGAGCCAGCCGCAGUCGGGAAGAGGUGUGCCUUGUUUACGCUGCAGAGGGACGUGUGCGGGCUUCGAGCCACAUUCCUGGAGGAAAAUCUGCAAGUCAUGCAAAUGCAGCCAGGAGGAUCACAGCCUGAGCUCAGACCUGGAGGAUGAUCGGAAAAUUGGGCGCCUGCUGUCGGACUCCAAGUACGCCACGCUCACUGCCCGGGUGAAAGGAGGUGACGGCGUUCGCAUUUACAAAAGGAACCGCAUGAUCAUCACCAACCCCAUUGUCUCUCGGAAAGACCCCACCUUCGACACCAUCAUGUACGAGUGGGCUCCCCCAGGGCUCACCCAGAAGCUGGCCAUGCAGUACAUGGAGCUGAUCCCGAAGGAGAUGCAGCCGGUGGCGGGGACGGAUGGGGCGUACUAUCGCCGGCGGCAGCUCAUGAGACAGCUGCCGCUCUAUGACCAGGACCCGUCCCAGUGCCGUGGCCUCGCAGAGGGCGAGCUGAAGCUGAUGGAAGACUUUGUGAAGAAGUACAAAGCUGAGGCGCUGGGCGUUGGGGAGGUGGCACUGCCGGGCCAGGGCGGCAGCGGGAAGGAGGAGGGGAAGCCGCAGGACAAGAGCAUCGCUGCCAGCAAACCCCCCGAGUCCACCAACGGGGCCUUGGAGAGCGCGCCUGCAGGAGGGCACUAUCGCUGCGAGACCUGCAAGCAGGCGGUGCCGGGGGACUGCCCGGUGGUGUACGCCGACAGGGCGGGCUACUCCCGGCAGUGGCACCCGGCGUGCUUCGUGUGCUGCCGGUGCUCCGAGCCCCUCGUCGACCUCAUCUACUUCUGGAAGAGCGGGGCCGCCUGGUGCGGGCGCCACUACUGCGAGAGCCUCCGGCCGCGCUGCGCCGGCUGCGACGAGAUCAUCUUCUCGGAGGACUACCAGCAAGCAGAAGGGAUGGCCUGGCACAAGAAGCACUUUGCCUGCCUGGAGUGCGAGACGCUGCUGACCGGCAAACCCUUUGCUCUGGACAACGCCAGCCUCCUGUGCAUGACCUGCAGCAAAAGCAAACGCCUCUGAGUGGGGAGCAGCCCAGGGGCAAAGCGGGGCUCCCCAGGGUCCCACCAGGACUGGGGUCAUUUGACAAGUACAUGAGAAGGGGAAGGUUAAAAAUUAGAGCCUGGCCAUUUACUUGCAAGCAAUUAAGUGUCCCCUCGCAUCCAGUACAGCUUGCAGGAGAAUAUUUCCUUGGGGAGCGGAAGCAAAGGAAAUUCGUGUGCCUGGGGGUGGGAGGUACACAGCGUAUCUGCCUAGGAGGGACUGAAAAGGAGGUUCUGUGUUGUGCUGGUUUUUGUAAAGUCUCUCCAAGCUUCUUACGACUAAGAUCUUGCAGUAGUCUUUUGGAAAUAGCACAUCUCAAAAGUAACUUCUGGCAUACUAAACCUACAGUCAUGGUCAAAAACAAGGGUUGUUCUUAUUUUUUGAAAUCCGUACUGGAAGUUUACACUAACAGGCUGCUGACAACUGUACUAAAGCAAUGGGUUUGAAGAA